CAGCUGCUGUGGCAUAUGGAAAAUAAAAGACAUGUUGCGCCUGUAAAAACCGAAAGAAGUCGACUGGGAUUCAAUUAAAAGGCGAGCCAAAGCUUUCCGUGCGAACCUGACAGGAUGGGCGAACCGAAAACCGGUGCGGAGCUUGGGGAGGAGGAGGAGGAGCAACCCUUCAACUGCGAGGAGGAGGCCAACGCCAUCAUCAACGAUGUGAAGGCCCACGUAGCUGAGAUAUGCGUCUCCUCCAAACUGGCGAGCGAUGCCACGCAGAUCUACCUGAACAUACGCACCAUCGAAAGCGCCACCUGCUGCGUGCAGGUGAGCAGUCGCGGCUUCAAGAUCGUCUCCUCCCAGUACGACACCAUAGACGAGGAUCCGCGGAUCUGCGCCCUGCUGCGCUACGGACAGCACCAGGACAGCGAGGCCGAUGAGCAGGAGGAAAUCUUCGAAACGCCCUACGCGCUGCUGGACAAGAUCAGCCCCCGCUAUGUGGAGUCGUUCGGAAACCAGCUGUGCCAGCAGCUCAGACAGCUGCAGCAGAUGCGGACCGAGUUCCAUGAGGAGGACGAAGAGGAGGAGGAUGAGGAGGAGGAGUGAUGGCAAGCGGUCACCAUCCACCAGCUACAACCACUCAACCGAGGCUGUUUACUCUUUAGACAGAAGAUUUUAAUGUUAGUUUAAUUGAAUGUUUACUCGUAAUGGCGAAGCUAGAGCUCCGAUUUCCUUAAUAUUUAUGUGUGAGUGUGUGUGUGUCUGUGCCGCAAAAGUAUUCCCGCGCGAGUUGGUCAUGCAGUUGACUCAUUUCACCAUACCCCCCAUACCCUCUCCUUGCUUAGCAAGCGAAUACCGCUCCAGAUCCGCUCUACUAGACCUUAAGGCGCUUCAAAAAUAAAGAUUGUGAUUGCAA